CUUACGUCACUUUUGGCAGAAAAACAAAAAUGGCAGCGGGUCCAAGAUGGGGCUCGUUGCCCAGCGUACUUAUUGUGGACAUACUGUCGUAUCUUUCGCAUGAAGACCGACUGAAAGCGUCUUCAGUUAACAAACGAUGGAGGAACUGUCUUUUUCAUCCAUCUUUAUGGAGCAAAAUUAAGUUCCAACUGGGAUUUUCGAAGAGGCACAGGUCGAGAUUUUUAGCAGACAGAUGUGGCCGUUUCGUGAGAGAAGCAGUGAUUAAGUUUAAUGCGCAUAACUGUUUAGAGGUGAGAGAGGGCAUGAGAAUCAUCACCAUUCUUGGAUCCAACAAGAAUUUGCAACAUUUUGCUCUUUUCCCGUCUAGCUGUCACAUUGAAUGGCCUGAUUCGAACUUCGUAAACAGAUUUCUGAAUGGUAUUGAAACCAUUGUUCAAACUAGCAGACGACUAAGGCACUUCUCUUUGGGCUGUGUUGAAGAGCUUCUUGAACAUUCCAAUCACCUAUUGCAAUUGUUAUCCAAACACCACUCGCAGUCCCUCAAACAUUUAUUCCUUGCCAGUGUCAAAGAAGAUAGUGAAAAUUAUGGAAUCAUAUGGUUGACCCCCGAUGACCUCAGACCAUUCUAUCAGCUGACUCAUCUCAGCAUUGAUUACGACUACCUUACAAACAGUGUCCUCGAAAGUUUCGUUGACAGAAGCCGUGCAAAAUUGGAGAGACUGAUCAUACAUGUUCAUGGUAUUGAGAGUACUCAUGAGAAGAUUUCGAAUGCAACAUGGCAGAUGGUAUCUGCUCAUAAUCCUGUGCUAGAGGUCACCAUCAAUUUUGUCCAUUCAUUUGAUGGUGUAGAGUCGCUACUGGAUAUUCUGCAGCCAAACCUACCACUAGCCCACUUUCGUCAGUUUUUCUGCACCAAUUUAAACACUGCAGCAAUUAACUAUAUGUCCACACACUACAGAAACAGUCUGCAGUCAGUGUAUAUUUUGGAUGGCCUGAUGGAUGGCUACCCUGUCCCUUACAUCAGCCAGACAGACGAGGAUCCUUUUGUGAUGCUGGCGUGGAGGUGUAACAAACUCCAGGACUUUUCUCUCAUAGGCUACGAGAUCUCUGAGGACGAUGUGAUUGCUGUAGCCCGACUAAGGGGACACAGUCUGAAGUCCUACAACAUCCCCCAUUGCUGUAUUUGCACAGUGGAGGAAGAGGAGGAACAUAUAUCAUGGUUCAGCCAUGGCUGCUACGCCCCAGAGUUCCCUCAAAAGGUGUCAGAAAAUCUGAAAUGGAACUGGAGUCCAAUUGAAGAUGAUGAGCUACCUUUGGCUGUGUUUGACAUCUCGGCUGAUGCUGAGAGAGCCUACAUGAGGAUUCUCCUCUCUGACCAACAGGUGUAAAAAUCAGGUCAACUACCCAUACCCUCCUCCACAAAAAAGAUCAGGACACUGUUACAGGUGUAACCAGGUAAAUCAGCAUACCUCUGCAGGGGAAAUAAUUCAAAUCAGGUCACCAUAAAAAGUGUAAAUAUAUAAAAAAUCAAAACAGUUACAUCAGUUUAAAAGAUUAUUCAUGCCGUCAAUUCACAACCUGAGAACAAAUUGUGGAGAGAAGAUAUAAAUGAAACACAUGAUGCAUUCCUCAGAAAAGGGAGAUGAAGAUAAAAGAAAUAGACAGUAGCCAGAUAUAGUCAGUGAUAAACAAAACUCAUAUUGAGGGGCCACUGUUUGAUGUGCACCUGUUUAAUCUCAUUUUUGAUCUGUUGUGUACUUUUUGAUAUUUUCUGAAAUCUUUGUUUAGUUUUAUUUGUUGAUGGUUAUGUUUACAAUAAUCACAUGAAUUAUGAAACAAGAAGGUUUGAUAUAUACUGAAAGUGAUAGCAAUUAAUAUAAAGUU